AUGGCAUCACCUCGGCCCCGUUCCCCCUCAAAUAACGCAGAUCGGAACCCAUAUUCCUCCGAUAGCGAGCAUCCAGAUGCGCCCUUGCCAAACGAGCCUUAUCGAGACGACGAGUCCUCCUAUAUCCCCUCCCUUGUAGAAUAUGAACCGCGUCCCAUCGAUGAAAGCGACGAGAACGAGAAUGAAGAUAUCAUUGCGGAAUCAUCCAGACCCCGUCAUGCGUGGCAGGCCAAGCUCCGAGUGUUUUGGUUGAAGAACAAGGGCAUUUUCCUUGUACUGCUGGCACAGGCAUUUGGCGCGUCAAUGAAUGUUAUGACGAAGGUUUUAGAGAUCAAUAGCUCUUUGCAUCCAUUCCAGAUCUUAUUUGCCCGCAUGUCAAUCACAGCAUUGGCAAGCUACCUUUACAUGUGGUAUGCGCGUGUGCCUCAUCCCCUUGGCACCAAACCAAUCAUCCACCUCCUCAUUACGCGUGCCGUCUUCGGUUUCAUGGGAGUAUACGGACUAUACUACUCAGUACAAUACCUGCCUCUCGCCGAAGCAACUGUUAUUACCUUCCUAGCCCCGAUAAUGACCUGCUACGCCUGCUCGCUGCUAAUACCUGGCGAAACAUUUAACAAGCGCCAACAAGCCGCAGCGCUAGUGUCCCUAGCAGGUGUAAUGCUAAUCGCACGACCAUUCCGUACGCGCGACAGUCAUGCCAGUAACCAGGACCAAAGUCAGGAGCAAGGCGGUAGUCCCAACUCAACAGACUCAUAUCACCACGUCAUGGCAACAAUCGUGGCAUUUAUAGGUGUUAUCGGCGCAGCAGGAGCUUACACGUCCAUUCGCGUGAUUGGAAAACGCGCUCACCCGCUUGUGUCAGUGACGUACUUUUCAAGUGUGACAACCAUCAUCUCACUUGUCGCAAUGGCUGCGUUUCCCUGGGUACAGUUCAAACUCCCCAGCACACCUUUAGAAUGGACACUCAUGGCCGGACUGGGAGUGUGUGGGUUCCUAUUACAGUUCCUAUUGACGGCCGGGUUAUCUUACGUGCCACCGCGUGAGGUGGCAAAUAGUAAAGCGAGUCAGGGAUCGCGAGCGACGAGUAUGGUGUAUACACAGGUGCUGUUUGCGCUCUUUUACGAUAAAGUGGUCUGGGGCACUACGCUUUCAUUGAUGAGUGCAGCUGGGUCGGUGCUCAUUCUCGCGUGUGCCAUUUACGUGGCUGUCAUGCAGGACGAACGAUCGGACCCUGGUCCAGUAACACAAUCAGACAAUCACCCGCAAUUCAAGGACGUUGGUGACGAGGAGGCGCUGAUUAACCCUGCACAGGGGUGA